GCAAAGUGCCUUUAGCACUCUGUCUGUUUCUGUCUCUCUCUCUUUCUCUGUAUACGAGAAAUGGCUGAGGCGAGUAUUUCAGUAGAUCAGGACCAGUUCAUGUGUCCAGUGUGUCUGGAUCUCCUGAAGGAUCCAGUGGCUAUUCCCUGUGGUCACAGUUUCUGUAAGGUGUGUAUUAAUGGCUGCUGGGUUCAGGAGGAUCAGAGCGGAGUUUAUAGCUGUCCUCAGUGCAGAGACACUUUCACCCCAAGGCCUGUUCUACGCAGAAACAACAUGCUGGCUGAAGUGGUGGAGAAACUGAAGAAGACUGAAGUCCAAGCUGCUUCUCCUGAUCACUGCUACGCUGGACCUGGAGAUGUGGAGUGUGAUUUCUGCACUGGGAAAAAAUACAAAGCCGUCAAGUCCUGUCUGGUGUGUCUGGCUUCGUGCUGUGUCAUUCACCUUAAACCUCAUCUUGAAAUACCUGCUUUGAAAAAGCACACAAUAGUUGAAGCCUCAACAAAUCUACAAGAGAAGAUCUGCUCUGAACACAACAAGCUGAUUGAGAUUUACUGUCGUACUGAUCAAACCUGCAUCUGUUAUUUGUGUAUGAUGGAUAAACACAAAGGACACGACACAGACACAGUCACAGCAGAAAGAUCUGAAAAACAGCAUGAGUUAAAGGAGGAGCAGCUGAAAUCCCAGCAGAGAAUCAAGGAGAAGCAGAAGAAGGUGCAGGAGCUGAAACAGACUGUGAACACUAUAAAGCUCAGUGCACAGACAGCAGUGGUGGACAAUGAGAGGAUCUUUACUGAGCUGAUCAUCUCCAUGGAGAAAAAGCGCUCGGAGGUGACGGAGAUUAUCAGAGCUCAGGAGAAGACUGAACUGAGUCGAACUGAACGACUCCUGGAGCAACUGGAGCAGGAGAUUGAUGAUCUUCAGAGGAGAGUCAUUAAGCUGGAGAAGCUUUCACACACACACGAUCCCAUCCAAUUCCUCCAGGCUUUAGCAUCUGGGCGUCGGUCCCCUCCAUUUAACAAACCAGAUUUUGACACGUCGAGCAUCAGUGUCCCUCAAUAUCUGUCAUUUGAUGGAGUGAGGAAUUUUCUCUCAAAUCUGAAGAAGAGACUGGAGGAAUUCUGUGAGGAGGACUUCAACAAAAUCCCUCCACAUGCUGCAGCAGUUCAGAUCAUUUCACCACCAGAGCCACAGAACAGAGAAGAGUUUCUGAAAUGUUUCUGUUCUCUGACUCUAGAUCCCAACACAGCAUUCCGUAACCUCAUUCUGUCUGAGAAGAACAGAGUGGUGACAGGCAGUAAGAUUGAGCAGCAGUACUCUGAUCAUUCAGAGAGAUUUGACACCUCGGAACAGGUGUUGUGUAAGGAGAGUGUGUGUGGACGCUGUUACUGGGAGGUGGAGUGGAGCGGUACGGUGGAAAUUUCAGUCUCGUAUAAAGACAUAAGAAGGAAAGGACAUGGUUUUGACUGUGCAUUUGGACGUAACAAUCAGUCCUGGAGUCUGUGGUGUACUUCUUCUUCUCUCUCAUUCUGGUACAACAACAUUAAGACUGAUCUCAGAGUUCCUCCUUCCUCCAGAAUAGGAGUGUAUGUGGAUCACAGUGCAGGAACUCUGUCCUUCUACAGCACUGCUGAUACCAUAAAGCUCAUCCACAAAGUCCACACCACAUUCACUCAGCCUCUAUACGCUGGGUUCAAGCUUGACUGGUGGUUUGGUUCGACAGUGAAAUUGUGUGAUUCACAAUAAUGUGUAUAGUGUUUUGUGUAAAAUCCCUGUAUAUUACCACAUUGCUACUUAAUCAGCAUUGCUGCUUUUCUAGCUCUCAAUUCAUCCGCACAAAAAGUAGUGGCAGCAAUUAAAGAGCACUUAAUACAAUUAAAUG